GUUACGCGCACGCGCGUUCGAUCGCCGAUUCGUUCUACAGCAUUGACCUUAGGCGUGCGCAUAGGAUCGUCGCGAUUCUCGAGAGAUCCUUAUCGCCUUGCCGUUAGCGUGGGCUGCUAGAGUUGCUAUGUUACUGUGCGUGUUUGUGGUUUUUUGGUUCAAGUGUAUUACCAAGUGCAGUUAAUGUCUACAGAGGCGUGAGGGACAAGACAGGUCGCCGCUGCCGAUUAGGUACAAUCGCUGUACAGCCGCUAUACACAGCGAUAUAGCUACGACGGAGGAGAAGCAGUGCAGCGGCGGGAUGGCCUACUACGAGGCGUCCGGCUGCUCUUGAAGGAGAGAACGCAUAGUAUCGCGGAUAAAAGGAGCAAGAGCUUGAAUACGGUGCAGUUCCCGAGCUGUGGUGUGAGCAGCGGAAAUGGGGCAGGCCUGGUGCAAGGAGAAGUCCGAGAAGGCGCAGGACUCCAAGUCGCCGCUCGACCGGGUCUUCGUCAGGUGUGCUCAUAGGAUCUAUCCAGGCCUGAAGGAGGACGGCUCGGUCCUCGGCGGCGCCACCCAGAGGGUCACGAGCUCGGAGAUCGGGUACGCGGGCUCGCCGCCGCGGGCCGCGCUGCUCAGGGGCCAGAGCAUCGAUUCCGUGGACAGGCCGUUCCACCCGAGCGAAUGGGUGGACGUUAAUCUCGAGGUGCCCUGUACGCCUAGGGCCAGCGUCGUAUCCAGCAGCGCCAACCAGCAGCGCUCCAGCAAUCUGACAAAGUCCAAUGGUCGACGCAGCCCUCAUCAGAGCGUCCCGACGACGGCGGGCGGGGCACCUGUGCCGCCGCCUCGUCGACGUAGGCGCAGAGAGAGACGACCGUUGCCGCCAAAGCCCGGCUCGGGCGAUGACGAAUCCGAGCCUGAGCCGCACUAUUCACGACUCAGGUCGCCGUCCUCCGGCGAGACGUCAUCGAGACGAGACGACAGGAGCAUCGAUGAGGUCGAAGGGCCAUCUGCCGACUCCGAGGACGAGUUUGUGGCGAUCGAACGAAUCCUGCAGAAGAGUUCCCUCGAGGAGAUCUCGAGCGCCCACCUCCCGAACCUCAAAUCCACGGCGAGACCAAAGAACCACAGCACAACGAGCUUACCGAACGUCGCGGAGCUGCUGAUCGAGGAUGAAAUGGACGACGGAAACGUCGCCGAGGACGAAGCAGCAGCGGCAACGGCAACCAGUAGGAGACCCCCGAGACACGUGAAAACGGCUUCCUUGCCGAGGGAGGCCUCGCUCGGCGCGCCUCAGACCCCCGAGAGAAUGUUCUUCUCGCGGGGGAUCGAGGAGGAUAACUCGAUUCCCAAGAUCGACACUUGGUCGAGCAGCGUCGCCGAUGAGGGAGCAGGAGUUGCCGCUUCCUCGCCGGACUGCUCGCUCAGAUUCGAAACCGACGUCAAAACUUCGACGCCCGUCAAGCUGCCCGAUUCCGCGGCUCGAGAGCUUGACGACCACGAGGAAGGAGCAGCUGGACCGUCGAGGGCGUGCCAAAACAUCGAUGACGCUUCGCACAGCUUCCAGAGCGCGUCGAGCGCAUCGCGGGAUUCGUCCGCAGUGCAGCCGGUGGCCGAGGCGCAUCACGAGGUCGAUCGGCCAGCGGCCGAAGCACCGGCGAGGAGCAACGAAGACGCGGGUUACGAGUCGAGGAACAGCAGCCAUCUGCUGUCCAACGGAUCGAGCGCCAGCGGCCAAGAGCUUGCGCGCGACGAGAUGUCCUCCGGCAUUCUCAGAGAUGCCACCGUGGACUCGUGCGAUUUCGAGGAUCUCGGGAUACCGGGAGCCGCGGCGAAUGAUUCCGCGGCUGCCGCGGUGCAGAGAACCAUAUCCGAGGAGUCGCUUCCGCGCGAGAUGCUCGUCGACGAGGAGGAGGAGGAGGAGGAGGAGGAUGUCGAGCAGGAGAGCUUCGACGUGGAAAAGUCGGCCAAGGACGCGAGCAACGAGCUGACCAGGCAGACCAGUGCUAAUGAGAGCGAGAACUUUAGCACGCCGCCGCUUAGUCCCGAAACCAAGAGCCAAGCGUCGUCCUCCUCCAAUCCUUCAUGCCCGACAAAAAGCCAGCAGCGAAAUCCCGGCAGCGCAGAGCCGACUGCAGCCUCAGCAGUAGCAGCAGUCGAAUCCGGCGACAAUCUGACGUCGAUGACGCCAAGUUUGAUGGAGCUCGAGGCCGCGCUCAGCGACAUGCUCGAGAGGAAGGACGAGGAGGAGCGCCGCGCCUCCGAAGAAUCCGGCCAGCAGCGCCGGCUGCUGCAGGUCGACGAGGAGGAGGAGGAGGAGCAGGAGGAGGAGAAGGAGGAGGACAAAUCUUCGGACAAGUCCCCCGAGCCGCAAAUCGUCCCCGUGAAGCGGAAUCGACCGCUCGAGGACGUCGAAGCCGACCUUCGCAAAGUGUCACCACAGCCAGCGACAAAGAUGCAGCAGCAGCAGCAGCAGCAGCAGGCGGGGGAGGAAGAGCGCCAGCCGGCGAAGAGCCUGUUAAUCGAUUUCCAGCGAGUCGACAGGAUGAAUCCCUUCAACGACUUGAAGAGCGACGAGCACGAAUUCGACCUGUCAACGGACGAGCCCCCGGAGAAGCCGAGUCGUCUGCACCGCAUCAGCCUGAUCGAGGAAUCGAUCGACGAGCCGCUGAUCGUCCCGACCCCGCCGCGUCGCCGACACCGGAGCAAGUCGAACCUCAACUCCCCGAGCGAGGCAAGCGCUGUCGCCGAGGUCUUUCGUCACGCGACCUACAACGACCGACUGAUCUGAUUCUCGACAGCAUCCCGAGCCGCGCGCAUCGAUUAUACAUCGGGACAACGCAGCACGCCUCGUUAGACUCGCUCGCGGGGAAAGUUCUCAACGAGCGAUUUGCCGGACUGCUGCGCCGGUCAAAGUUCGAUAUUCCAAAGGAGGGAGCGCGGAGGCCGGUAAUAUUCGGCGUAACGAUUGCGAGCUGUGCGCUGACUACCGAUGAGCCGAGGGACUACGUGCCGUCGCUGAUGCUGCUGAAAUGGAUUUUCGAGGGGGCAUGCGCGCGGUGAUUUUUAUAUUCAGGCUGUCGAAGGGGGAGAUGGAGAACGUAUGUAAGGUGGAUUCGAUUGAAUUACGCGGGCGUACAACGUCUUUCCGUCUGUACAUACCAUAUACUGCCAUCAGGCGCGCGAUCAUUCCUUGUUUUGCUAGAUUUUCUGGGCUUUCAAAAUUUAGAGUACGUACACAUGUUAGAAUGUAUAUGCUGUAGGUUAAACGUAAGACGUGUAUAAUUAUCGAGCUUAGUAUCUUUUUGCCGUCGAUCACACAGACCAUCAGCUGUAAAUACACUGUACACGAGUUGAACGGCACGUCACUGCUCACGAUGUAUCUCUAUUAAUGAAUAUACGAAUAACGAACAAGGUAGUCGAGACGACAGAUUGUAAUUUAAGCGUUUACUAAUGAAUCGCCAAGCUAAUCCGCAUGAAAAAAGAACGAUUAUAUCGGUUCUCAAGAGAGACUCGAAGUAUAAUCGCGACCAUUUCCCUGCGAGCUUAUAAAAGCUCGUCGUCGCGAAUUCUUCAUCAGCGUAAUCGUUCUCAGUUCCUUCGCAUUAAACCUAUAACUCGAGGGACGAUAUGAAAGUCCACGUAAUGUAAAUGCGUCAAAUUUAUGUGCACAGGUGCUUCGAAGGCUACGUAUAUGUACUUACGAAAUAAAUAAGAAAAGAUUAUUCUUCUUUAGUCUUCAACGACUGCA